GAUCCGUUGGUGGCAACCAAAAGACGCUCGCCUUUCAUUCGCAGCAGCGAAUUUGAUGGUUGAGGCGUUGAGCGACGAUUCGCAAUGAACGUAAUUACCAUCCUACCCUUAUGGUCGAUCCUCCUCAGUAACGGUACUUAAUCCAUUCCCGUCCCUUUCAAAUUCAACGGAGGAGAUCAACUUCUGCCCCAUUAAAAUUAAAAUUAAACGUCUUGUCCCGAAAGUUUCUCCAUUUGAUUUUGAUUUUGAAUCCCACCAGGUUUCUCCUCCUCCUCCUCCUCCUCCUCCUCCUCCUGAUUUCCAGUGAUCCACACCAGCUUCUCCUUCUUCCUCCACUUCCUAUUUGGAGAGUACACUCCAGUGUUCGCUUCUCGCGACUUCUUCCGCUCUUUCCUUCUCCGUCCUCUCUCCAUCGAAGCAGACCUAGGGUUUGGAGCAGGGGACCUUUAGCGCUGAGUUAUUGGAGCGACGAUUCAAGUUGGCCAACUUAACAUGGCUCAUGUAUCUACCGAUCAGCUACUACAAUUGGAGACAACAUGCGGAUCUUUUUUAUAUGAGCUACAGAUCAUAUGGGACGAGGUUGGUGAGACUGAUACCGAAAGGGACAAGAUGCUACUUGAACUAGAACAGGAGUGUCUUGAGGUUUAUAGAAGAAAGGUUGAUCAGGCUAAUCGUUAUAGAGCUCAGCUUCGACAAACAAUCGCUGAUUCUGAAGCAGAGCUUGCAGCCAUCUGUUCUGCAAUGGGUGAGCCACCGGUUCACACAAAACAGCCCACUCAAAGAGUAGGGAACCUAAAAGAAGAAUUGAAUUCCAUAACACCACAGCUAGAGGAGAUGAGAAAGAGGAAAGGUGAGAGAUUGAAGCAAUUUUUAGAGGUAAUGGAACAGAUAAGAAAUAUCUCAGUUGAGGUCAUGCCUAGUGAGUACAGCCCAUCGAGGCAUGUUGAUGAAUCUGAUUUAUCUAUUAGAAAGCUUGAAGAAUUGUAUAGACAGCUUGAGUCACUGCAAAAGGAGAAGAAUGACCGCUUAAAACAAAUUAUGGAUCACUUGUCAACUCUGAAUGAAUUAUGUUCUGUUCUUGGUGUGGCUUUCAAAGAAACAGUAAGAGAGAUACACCCUACUUUAGAUGACACUGAAGCUUCCAAGAGCAUUAGCAAUGUCACGAUUGAGAGGCUUGCUACUGCUAUAGGCAGAUUACGAGAGAUUAAGAUAGAGAGGAUGCAGAAGCUUCAAGAUCUUGCAUCUACAAUGUUGGAAUUGUGGAAUCUAAUGGAUACGCCCAUUGAAGAGCAACAGCUUUUUCAGAACGUUACCUGCAAUAUAGCUGCUUCAGAAGAAGAAAUUACUGAGUCUAAUACUCUUUCAGUGGACUUCCUUAGUUAUGUGGAAGAAGAGGUAUUGAGACUUGAACAACUAAAAGUAAGCAAGAUGAAAGAACUAGUCUUGAAAAAGAAGACAGAACUGGAAGAGCUUCGUCGACAAGGCCAUUUGGUGGUUGAGGAGGCAGAAAAUGAGCCUGAAGUUGCAAUUAGUGCAAUUGAAUCUGGAGCUAUCGAUGCUUCCUUUGUUUUGAAUCAGAUAGAGGGACAAAUAGCAGAAGUUAAAGAGGAAGCUUUUAGCAGGAAAGAUAUUCUUGAAAGGGUAGAAAAAUGGUUAGCAGCAUGCGAGGAGGAAGCAUGGCUGGAGGAGUAUAAUAGGGAUGAGAAUAGAUACAAUGCUGGAAGAGGAGCACACCUAACGCUUAAGCGUGCUGAGAAAGCACGCGCGCUAAUUAACAAGAUUCCAGGAAUGGUAGAUACUUUGGUAGCCAAAAUUACACAAUGGGAAAAAGAAAGAGGCAUUGGAUUCACUUAUGAUGGCGUUCGACUUCUUACGAUGCUAGGAGAGUACACCAUAGUUAGGCAAGAGAAAGAGCAAGAGCGGAAGAGACAAAGGGAUCAGAAGAAACUUCAAGGUCAGCUCAUAGCUGAGCAGGAAGCCCUCUAUGGUUCAAAACCAAGCCCCUCAAAGCCUCAAAGUGCCAAGAAAGUACCAAGAACAUCUACUGGAGGUUCAAACCGAAGGUUAUCUUUUGGCGGGGCAGCAACAUUGCAGACUCCGAAGCCUGAUUACAUGCAUUCUGCAAAGUCCACGCGCACUGCAAAGAAGUUAGAUGAUCUCGGUACACUUUCUCCUGGCUCAAGAGGCUUAGAUAUUGCUGGCCUUCCUGUGAAGAAGCUGUCAUAUAAUGAUGCCAUUACUAAACAUCAAGAAGUAGGUAUGCCACGCAAACCUUUUGCUUCCCUAAUUCCAGUCAAUACCAUUCCAUCGGCGCCAUCCAUGCCCGUCAUUGCUAGCACUUUAGAAGAGAACCAGGCACCAAACACAAUGCUGUUGCUGACCCCCAAAAAUCCAGCGACUGCAGCAGCAGUGCCAAUGCAUGUGGCUUCAACGCCUGCCCCAACUUGCCUCGUCAAUGAUGGCAAAUUGAGCGUAGUAGCAUCUGUCGAGGAGACUGAGUAUUCCUUCGAGGAAAGAAGGCUUGCAUUUUAUGUUGGUGGUAGAUGAAUUGAGUUACAUCGUCUAGUACAUAUUUGAACUUUAAAAUGCACCGGUUGAUUCGAACUUUCUUCUUUUAGUUGGCUCAAAGUCAGAUUGUUCUCGACAUGCUAAUGAAUACAAAAUUCUAUUUGAUA